UGUUGCACUCUUGGAUAGUCGGGUGCCGUAAAUCGAAAAGAAAGGCUAUCUGGUUCACACAGCGUUGAGCUCAGCCGAAAAGUUUGUGUGCGUAAAGCUUGUGUUUGUUGCCGCUGGCUGACUUCAAUAUUUUUGGACGAUACUAAGAAAAUUUUUAGACGCGGUUAUUAAUUUCAUAAUAUUUAAUAAUAAUAAUAAUCAUAAUUAUGGAAACAGAAGAAUUGGAGAAGGAACUUAUUCAAUCGAUGCGACCUAACUUAACAGAAUUAUUACGUAUAUGGAAUUAUGUUGGCUUCAAUAAAUUAGAACGUUCAGAGCGUAUACAACAAUUUGUCCAAAAAUUACAAACAGUUCUAUGUGAAGUAAUUAAAGAAGAGAAUUCAGCACGAUUAGCUAUGGAACAGAAAAUUGAAUUAAGACGUCGUGAAAUAGCUGAUAUGUGUCAACAAUUAGGCUUGGCACCAUUUCUACCGGAACGUGGACUUACUUCAAGUGAAUUGAUGCGAUCAUUAAAUGAUAAAGCUGAAGAGCUUGUUCAACAGAAAAGUGCCCGUUGUGAGCGUUACUUUUGGUUAAGAUCAAAAAUAUUACGAUUGAAUAAUUUACUUGGUGACGGGGAUCAUCUGAGUGAGAUUACAAAACAAAACCUUGACACCGAUUUUCAUACUACAUUUCCACCAAUUACUAAAUUUACUAAUCAAUCAAAUGGUAUAGACCAUAGUGACAGUAAUACUGAUGAUGAUAAUAAUAACAACAAUAAUUCUAGUGAACCAGAAAAAUUUGAUCCUUCAAUAAUUUCGUCUAUUCAAACAUUACCAGAUCAAGAAAGUAUUGAAAAGUUAACAAAACUUCAUGAUGAAUUAAAUUCUGUGUAUACACCAUUAGCUGCUCAACAUGCUGCACUUCGUGAAGAUAUAGCUCGUGUUGCUGCUGAUAUUCUCUACCAGCCACAAUCAGAUAAAGAAGUGGAAAUAUUAAAAAUAGUUGGGUUAAAACAUUUAUGCAAAAAUGGUAAUGUCUGUUCUACGCCUGGUGUAGUUCGACGAGCUAGUGUUACACCAACACCGACGUCUACAUCAAAUGAUGAAAAUAUUGAUACAAGUACAAAAUAUUUAAACAGUGAUGGUGUCUAUGAACCGGUUGUAAAUAAAGAAGUACUCAGAUGGUUAACUGAUUGGCGUUUAAGACUUGUCAAGGAGAAAGCUCGUUUAGUCGGCACCUGUGAAGAAUUAAGAGCUUAUCUGUUACAAAUGUGGAGGAGACUAGAUAAACCCGAGUCAGAACAAAAAGAAUUUCUUGAUGCACAUUCUGGUUAUAAACCUGAGGAUUUAGAAGCACUUCAGGAGGAAGUUGAUCGAUGUCAACAGUUGAAAUGGGAAAAUAUGCAAACCUAUUUAACGCGUUUAGAAAGUGAAGCACUUCGAUUAGCUAAUCUAUGUUGUGUUGAUGAAAAGAUUGUUCAAUUACCGAAUGGUUGUGAUAAACGUGAUCCUGAAGUUUUAGUAAAUCAUUUAGAGACUGUAUUAGAACAAUUAAAUCAAACCUAUUCAUUAUAUCGUCCUGUAUAUGAAUGUAUUGCUGUCUAUGAAAAUUGUUGGAAACAAUUAAUUGAUGUAGAAGCACGUCUUAAAGAUCCAUCAAUCUUUUUAAAUCGUGGUGGUAUAUUAUUAAAAACUGAAAAAGAGAAAAAACGCCUAUUAAAAGAAGUUGAACGUACUGAAAAAGAAGCCUUAUCAGCUAUUGAACAAUAUGAAGUGAAAAGUUCAUCGAAUUUUCUCCUGUCUAAUGGUAAAACAUUUACUGAACAUAUUAAUGAAAGAUGGAAUAAUUAUAAAACACUUAAAGAAACAUCAAAAUCACGUCGUUCAAUUAUUCCAAACAAUAGUAAUUCAACUGUUAACAAUAAUAGUAAUAAUUCUGGUAGUACAACUCGUCCAACUUCAGCUAAUUUAAUGGGAUCACCUGUAGCUCAUACAUAG